GGUUCAGUUCGCUUCUGAAGACUCAUCGAGGACUUUGAGCAGCUUUUCUCAAUUGAAUUUUUUUCUCAAGUAAUGGACAUUUGAUUUACUAUUUUUGCCUCCAGUUUCCCCCCCGAAGGAAAAGGCUUUAGCUUUAGCAUCUUAGCUGCCACAGCCCCACCCAUGAGGGGGCCUCAUUUUGAACAAUUAAAACGACAUAAAAAUGAUGAAAUGUGAGCUAUAAGUUCCUGAAAAAGUACACCAUAAUAUACCCGAGACGCUGAGGAUCUGUAGUAACAAUAGCAUGGCGGGGGGACCAAUUGACCCCAGGGAGAUUUUGAAAGGCAUCGAGGCCCUUCUGGGGAAGGAUGGGGAGCUCCGGAGCCUGGAAGGUGUCCCAAAGGUGUUCGGGCUGAUGAAGGCCUCCUGCAAGAUGGUCAGUAGGUGUAUGUACCUGAACAUCUUGCUGCAGACAAAAUCCCACGAUGUUCUGAACAGGUUUAUAAGAGUCGGCGGGUACAAACUCCUGAAUUCUUGGCUGACCUACUCUAAGACCACCAACAACACGCCCCUGCUGCAGCUCAUCCUGCUCACGCUCCAGAAGCUGCCUCUCAAAGUAGACCACCUCAAACAGAACAACACUGCCAAGCUGGUGAAGCAGCUGAGCAAAAGUGCAGAGACUGAAGAGCUGAGGAAACUGGCAGCUGUUCUCGUCGAUGGCUGGAUGGCUACGAUCCGCUCCCAGAGCGUGUCGAGCAGUGGCAGCUCUCCUGCUGAUAAAAAGAAAAAGAAAGAAGAAAGCAAAGUGCCGGUGAGAGACGUGAAAGACAAGACCGGAGACGAGGAGAAGAAGAAGGAGAAACCCAAAGCCCACGCUCCCAGUCACGCAAAGAUCCGCUCUAUAGGGUUAGAGAUGGAAACUCCCAACCCAACUCCUCCGAAGAAGACCCCCUCUGCCCCACAGCUGGGCAACAAGUACAACAUAAAGCCCCCACUUCUCAAGAGGCCCAGCGCUGGUCCCUCAGAUGCGCCACCGCUGGAGAAAAAGUACAAACCUUUAAACACCCCCUCCAACUCAACCAAAGAGAUCAAAGUAAAGCUAAUUCCUGCUCCACCCAUGGAGGGCACAGGAUUUCUGGACGCCCUGAACUCUGCCCCUGUGCCUGGGAUCAAAAUCAAGAAGAAGAAAUCCGCUGCUGCUACCAGUCCUGCUCACAACAAGGCUGCCUCGCCCACUUCAAACAAGACCAACCCGUUCGACAACAAAGCAGCUGGAUAUUCUUCGUCUGCUAAACCCUCGUCUCCAGAAACAGCCACGUCCGUCAGUUCUGACGACAAACAGGAUCCGGAGCAGCCCGGAACUCCAGUUCCCCCUGAGGACCCAGAGGGCUCCAACAGCAGUGAGAAGCCCAACGCUCUGGCAGAACCACGAGGAGAAGAAGAAAAUCUGACGAAGAAGGGCAAGAAGAAGAAGACGGUUCACUGGGCCGAGGAGGAACAGCUUAAACACUACUUUUAUUUUGAUUUGGAUGAAACUGAGAGAGUCAACGUCAACAAGAUUAAAGAUUUCGGCGAGGCAGCCAAACGGGAGCUCAUGAUGGACAGGCAGACGUUUGAGAUGGCUCGCAGGCUUUCACACGAUACCAUGGAGGAGAGGGUGCCCUGGACCCAGCCCAGACCCCUGACCCUGAUGGGCAGCCUGGUCGCCCCGGGGGCCAACAGCUCCGAAAAACUCACCCAAAGAGACCGUGAGAUGGGCAUCCUGCAGGAGAUCUUCCUCAGCAAGGAGAGUGUUCCUGACAGUCCACAUGAACCAGAUCCAGAACCUUAUGAGCCCAUGCCUCCCCGUCUCAUCCCUCUGGACGAGGACUCCUCUACGCUGGAUGAGAGUUACGCUGAGCCCAUGGACACGUCGUCACUGCAGAGCUCCGCCCUGAACCAGAGCGAGAACUCCAAACUUCCUCCUGUCCUGGCCAACCUCAUGGGGAACCUGAGUGGCAGCUCCCGCAGCCCACAGGCCACCAGCACCACCAGCAGCCCCGCCGCCCCCGCUGUCAACGUUCAGGAGCUGCUCUCCUCCAUCAUGGGAGCGUCUGGAAACCAGUCUGCUGAAGACCUGAUCAAACAACCCGACUUCUCAGACAAGAUUAAACAACUACUGGGUUCCCUGCAGCAGACCCAGAAUCAGAGUGGUCCUCCAGCAGUCAACCCAGGUCUGCUGGGACACGGUCCAGGCAUGAACAACAUGAACAACAUGCCCAUGCAAAUGCCCAUGAACGGAGGCUACCCACCCAACAACCCGCCGGGGGGUCCCCGCUUUAACCACCCCCCGCCUCCCCACAACCACGGCCCACCCUUCAACGCUGGCGGAGGCCCCCGCAUGAUGGGACCACCGCCGGGCCACGGCAGAGGAGACAACGGCAACUACUGGGGCGAUGAGUUCAUGAGAGGGGGCGCCCACCGGGGCGGGAACUUCCACAGGGGGGGCCGGGGUCGAGGAGGAGGUGGAGAGCCAGGCUUCAGGGGCAGAGGGCGAGGAGGAGGUCCCAGAGGAGGACACAACAACAUGAACGACAUGUCUAAGAGGCCGGUGUGUCGCCACUUCAUGAUGAAGGGAAGCUGCAGGUACGAGGAGAACUGUGCCUUCUACCACCCCGGUGUAAACGGACCACCACUACCCCCAAACUACCAGUCUAACCAGCACGGACACUAGGCGGCACAGUUCUGGUUUGUGGGACAGCAGAGCCAGAGUCUGGACUGAGACGGACUGCAGUCGGCCUCGGCCCACAGAACCAUGCGUUAGAGGCUGCUGACUGAUGAGAUGUUCCUGUUUUUAAUGGUGAGACUGAAUCAAGCCACUGCACUUGACCACUAACUCUGCUGGAGCCCAGCUGACCAAACGAUCCUUCUCUUCACUGUUGUACUUUGUGCCAAACGUGUUGCUGCUUUGCUCCUUCCAACCUUCAUUAUGUCACCAGUAUGAUUCCUACAGAACCGUCUUCCUGAGUGUUCAGAGGCUGUGAUUAGGAAGCACAAGGCCCCAGAAUGUAAUCCUCUCUGACUUUUUAAACAACUUUGUAUUUAUCUCCGUCAGGACAGACACGCAGAUAUAAAGCCCACCUCCAGAUUUUUAUCUUUUCUUUCGGUGCAGUUUGAUGAGAUGAGGCUAAAGUGUUAGCUCUCUGCGCGUGUGUCGGAUGUGUGGCUUCAACGUGACAAUCUGUGAUCAGCCCCACACCUACUGCCUGCAGGUUGUGUUUUCUCAUGUGUACCCACAACAUGUAGACAGUGUUCGAUGUGAUGAACAGAUCUGUGCAUCACUCAGAUCAAGUGUUUUCUGUGAAAACAAAUCUUUGUUUUGUCUCUUGUGGGACUAAGAAUGUAAUGUUUCCUGUUGAUCCUUCUGUUGUUUAUUUCAGUUUGCUUUUGAUACAGUCUUGAACUCGGAAAAAUGUUUUCAGUUUUGUCAAUAGUAAAUAUUUGUAUGAAUAUAGGAUAAACAUUCAUACAUAUUAAUUUCCUUUUUUUUUGUACAAGUGUAUUGAAUAAAUGCCCAACUAUAAUUGCAGCAGUGUUUUUCUACACUUUCAUGGUUUGGAUAUGAAAUAUUUACGUGUAUUUUUCAUUUUAAAAAAGCAAAUUAUUUAUUAGCUGUAAAAAAUAUUAAUAUCUUUUACGUGAGUGACAGGAUUGGAAAAUAAGAAUAAAGUGCACAUCCUGAAAGUAUGAA